AGUGGAGCGGCUGCAGGCACCGGUAACGGCAGCAACAGCAACAACAAUAGCAAUAGGACCAGCGGCACCGGUAACGGCAGCAACAGCAACAGCGGCACCGGUACCGGCAGCAACAGCAACAGGACCAGCGGCACCGGCAGCAACAGCAAUAGGACCAGGGGCACCGGUAGCACCACCACCAACAACACCAACAACAACAACUGCAGAGGCGACGCCAAGUCAACAUGCCGCCCAAGAAGAAGGAGAGGCCCCUCAGCCCGGUGUCGAUCACCGACGAGAAUGUGGAGCCGCUGACCGCCAUGGAGCGGGAGCUGUACAUCAUUCAGGUCAAAGACCUGGAGGGCAGGGUGAACAGGUACCAACGGAGACUGGAUGAACUGGAAGUGACAAAGAUCGAUGCUGAUGAGAAACAUGAACAAUUUAGCAAAGACUUGCAAGACGUUAUUGCCUACCUGAAGAAGGGCCUGAGUCAGAGAAUUGAUGAGAUUGCUGAUUUGAAUGACAAGAUCGUUGGUUUGGUGCAAGCCAAGGAAACUGAUAAGACGACUUAUGAAUCCCAGAUGACACAGUUGCGUCAAGAGUUUCAUGAAACAAAGGAUCAACUCACAUCGGAGAAUAUGGUUUUAGCUGGAAAGCUUGAUGCACUGGAGGAGUUUCGAGUUCAAAAGGAGGAUUUGAUGGCAAAGUUUGCUGCACUUGAAGAGCAGCUAAAGCAGCAGGAAGAAGAGCACAGUGACAUUAUUUACAACUUGGAGAGGAGGGCAGUGGUAGAUAAAGAUAGAUUAAAGAAGGAGAUGAUUGCACGGGUGAAUGCGGUGGCCUCUGAAUUCCGUCGCAUUUCAAAGAAGCAAGUGGCAGAAACGACAAAAAGAGCCAUACGUGAAAAUGUAUCCAUUAGCAGCCAGCUGGGAAAGAUGUCAGAUAAAAGUAUUAAAAUAAUCAAAGAGAAUGACGAACUGAAAAUUGAAGCCACGAGGCAGUGGAGAAACAUCAAUAUCUUGGAGGAAAGUCAGAAAGAGCUGAUCAGGAAGAAUCUCAGCAAUGUAAAGGUUAUUCAAAUGCUGACUGAGAAAUGCAAAGUGCAGCAGAAGUCACUGGAAAGCUGCACGCAGAGGGAGAAGAUUGUUCAAGAAUUUGAGAUAACAAUACAAGACCUUGAGGCUCAGAAUGAAUCUCUAAGGAAUGAAAUAACAUCUGUAAAGGAGGAUCUGGAGAUAAAACAAUUUCACCUGGAAAAACAGAUGGCCAAAGCGGAACACCAGGAAAGGCGCAGGAAGCAGGUGGAGAAAGUCCUCUCUGAUGCUGCCUAUGCUUUGAAAGAUGCCCUGCUGAAGAGCACAGAAUGUACAGAUGAAAACUUUCUUACCAUCGGUGUGGAAAAGACAGAAUCUGAGAUGGCAGUGUAUACUCGCCGAAGUCAAAUGAUGCAGAAACUGCUGCAGUUACUGAACAGUGCGGCUGAACUUAGUCUUGGACCUGCACCAGAGGAAUUUAUUAUUACUGAGCUGCCUAUUAUUGAACAUAAACCAGGGAAUAUAACAGCAAGACCAGGUUCUGCCUCUAGCGCUGCUGAAGAAUCAGGCCUUCUGACCCACUAUAAAGUAGGUGACCUGGGUCUAGUUCCACGGCCACAGCAAAUGACCUCCAGUCUUGUUGACAAAGUGACCCAGCUAUCAUCAUCAAGUCGUCUUGGAUCACUCAGGCCUUUUUCAAGAUCAGCACCAACAAAAUUCAGUUGUUUACCCAAGGAUUUGGCUUGUGAAGAUCGGGGAAUGCAGACCUCAAUCCUGCCCAAAAUCAAUGCAGUAUACUGUCUUCAAGAUCAAGUGUGCAAGUUACCUUGUUAGGUCUUAUCGGGACCUAGUAAUAAAUGCCAUUGUUUUGUAGUUAAACUUACAUUUUUAAAUGAUCAACAGCAAAGUAAAUUUAUUCUUUCCAGGCCACUAAUUUUGAUCACAUUUUGGAAAAAUAAAUAUAAUCACUUAUUUUAAGAAAACAAUUCAUGGUGACAGGGACUAUGAUGGCAGAUUUUUAAGUUGUCUGGACUAUAACUUGCAAGGUUCCAAUUCAGUUAACCAAUGGGGAACACUUUUUGUAAUUUGCCACUAUGAACAGUUCUAUUAUAUAGCAUGGCAUUAUUGCUGGCAGUGUUUAAGGGAAAGUUCCACAGGUUACAGCUGUCUUCUAUUAUUGAACCCAUCCUGCCAUGAAUAAAGUGGACAAGAAUGCCUCUUAAAA